GCCUGCCCUGACCCAGUGGCACCCGCCUAGGUGGCCUGGGCCCUUCCCAGGGGGGUGUGGGAGCCAGAUCCAUGCCGUGCCCGCCCCGCCCCCCCCUUCUCGAAGGGCGCUGGCAGGCAGACUUUGCUCUCCCCGCAUCUGCAGCGCCCGCCUGCCUCCCGGGAGAGUCUCACAGACCGAGGGAGAACGCGCAGAGGCUGCACCAUGGCCCGCCCGGGGGUCCCGCUCCUGCUGCUGCUCAUCCUCACCACGCAGGAGUUCAGUGGCAUCGCUCACACCCAGGUGCUGACCUUCCCGAAAUCUGGCCCAGGCCUGAGAAGACAGAAGAGGGACUGGGUCAUCCCCCCAAUCACCUGCUCCGAGAACGAGAGGGGCCCCUUCCCCAAGCAGCUCGUGCAGAUCAAAUCCAGCAAGGCAAAAGAGAUUACGGUCUUCUACAGCAUCACCGGG